AUGGCACUCACAGAUCAACACCUAUCACAGACGCAGUUUGUUAAUCAAAACUCUCAAAACAUCAACGAAAAGGCUCAUCAAAGUUUUUCUACCUCAAAUUUCCAGCAGCCAGUAAAUUCCUCAACAUCAACUUCAACCUCUACAUCAUCCGGCCAGAAUGUUUUUGCUGGUCAACAACAGACAACCUCAAAUAAAUCAACAAAAGUGGUUAAAAAAAGAGCCAUUCUGUCGAAAGAUAAAACAGGAAUUUUAAAGAAUUACUACCAGAAUAACUUCAACUUUCCCUAUCCUGAUUGGGAAACAUGUGAGUCCCUGGCCAGCCAGUGCGGAAUUUCCAGCCCUCAAGUUAAUAAGUGGUUCAGCAAUAGAAGGAACAAGGACAAAAAUACCAGGAAUCUAACCGACAUUGCUAAUAGGAGGGGAAGAGGAGGCAACUAA